AUUUGUACUUUGGAUUUACCUGUUUAUAUUCUGAUAGUUGAAGAUAUAAGUAUUGUGCAUUGAACUGUGAUAUAAUAACCAUCAAAAUGUGUUCAUUAGCAAAAUCAUUUAAUUAUCUGAGAAAUAGUAACAGAGUUUUAGGAUUAUUUCCGAGAUUAUAUUCAUCGAAUACACCUCAAUAUGAAACUUUAGCUGUGUCAGUGCCGAAAAAAUAUGUAUAUCAUGUUGAAUUGAAUAGACCUAACAAGUUUAAUACAUUCACACCAACUAUGUGGAAAGAGUUGAUCACUUGUUUCUCAGCAUUAAGUGAUAACCCGGAGUGUAGAGUUGUAAUAUUAUCGGGACAAGGAAAACAUUUUACUGGAGGUAUUGACUUGAAUGGCUUCGUGGAAAAUGCUAGUAAAGCCCACGAAUUGAGUGAUGUAGCAAGAAAAGCUAGAUACCUGUACAAAAUGAUCGAACAUUAUCAGGAUGGUAUAACAGCAUUAGAAAACUGUGUAAAGCCAGUACUUGCAGUUGUUCACAGCGCAUGUGUCGGUGCAGGAGUUGAUUUGAUUACAGCCGCAGAUGUUAGAUAUUGUACAGAGGAGGCUUGGUUUCAAGUUAAAGAAGUAGACGUUGGUCUUGCCGCUGAUGUUGGUACAUUACAGAGAUUACCAAAGGUAAUAGGUAAUACAUCAAUUGCCCGUGAACUUUGUUACACAGCGAGAAAGUUGCCCGCUAAAGAGGCCUUGGACAUUGGUCUUGUUAGUAAAGUGUUUCCAGAUAGAGAUAGUGCAAUACAACAAGUAUUAGAAGUAGCACAGACUAUAGCAUCAAAGAGUCCUGUAGCGGUACAAGUGACAAAACAAUCACUGGUCUAUUCACAAAGUAGACCUACAUCUGAAGGAUUGGAACAUAUUCGUUUAAUAAAUCAAACAAUGCUACAAAGUGAUGACCUAACAAAGGCAGCGAUCAGUCAAGCAACAAAAACUGAAGCUGAAUUCGACGAUUUGUAA